AAAAAAAAAACGGAAUUUUUCUAUUCCUUAUUUUUGGGGGAGUUGCAGAACCACCACACACGCAUAACUAAAGGAAGAAGAAGACGAAGAAAAAAAAAACGAACAAAGAAGAAGAAGAAGACGAAGAAACAAAGAUAAAGGCUUUAGAUUUAGCUGCAAGGGAGGUGGCGGAACAAAACCCUAAUCCCAAUUUUCCUCUAAUAUGCCAUUUUUGAGGAUUGUGAGACUUCUCUUACCUGGAAUCAGGGUUUUGAUUAGAAGAUCUCUAAUUUGGUUGUUGUAGAUGCAUCUCUGUGAAAUUAUUCCCUCUUGGAUCUACCAGUUAUUUGGUUGCAUGGGAGGUUGUUUUGGAUGCUGCAAUAAACCACCGCUUAUAGUUGCAGUGGAUGAGCCGUCUAAAGGGUUAAGGAUUCAAGGUCGUUUAGUGAAGAAGCCAAGCGUAUCAGACGACUUCUGGAGCACAAGCACUUGCGAGAUGGAUAACAGCACACUUCAGUCACAGAGAAGCAUGUCUUCUAUCAGCUUCACUAACAACACUUCUACUUCUGCAAGUACAAGCAACCCCACAGAAUUUGUAAACCACGGAUUGAACCUCUGGAACCAAACUAGGCAACAAUGGCUUGCAAAUGGAACUUCUCAUAAAAAGGCCAAACUUCGAGAACCUACAAUAAGCUGGAAUGCAACAUAUGAGAGCUUGUUGGGUAUGAACAAGCGGUUUUCUCGCCCAAUACCUCUCCCUGAAAUGGUCGAUUUUCUGGUGGAUGUGUGGGAGCAAGAAGGCUUGUAUGAUUGAUUUGCAACUCUUGAAACUUAAUUUGGUUUCAUCUUUUUUCUUUCUUUAAUGUGUGUAAUCAAAAAUUUCCGGAACUUGGAUUUUUAAACCUGGCUUCCUGAUGAAAGUAAAAACUCUCAAGGAACAAAAAAAUAUUUUACUUUCAAUUUCAAAGGAAAAUACCGAACUAGACUUUUUUUUUUCGUUUUUGUUAUCGUGUAACAAUAAAUCAUUUCAUUGUGUUA